AUGACGUUCGGUUUUCUGAAGAGAGCACGCAAUGCAAUCACGAAGAGGUUACCGUACAUCAUUAUCGUAAAGCCCCGAUCUAAGCUGUCGGAAGCUCUGCGUGGUCAUCAGGCCACUCCCUUCAUCUAUAGGACCGUUACUCUGCAGAGUACAAAAGUUAAAACGAGCGGGACGGAUGACCACUCGCUGUCCUCCGUCACCAACUCUGACGAGUCCGGGGGCGAUGAUGCAGACUGGCAAUACAUCCUUCCUCACAAGGACAACCGAGCAUCUCUCCAUUGCACGGUCCACGAAGAGCUCUUUAGGAUGGCCCUUGCCCCGGUUGAUCUCAUGCGCCGGCUACAGAGAGAACAGGAAAUCACAGAAACAUUUAAUCUUUACGAGAACAAUGAUGACGGAAUGAGCUGGAUGGAAGAGGACGCGCGAGCGCAGAAUGCUGCAAUUGAAUUUGUGUCGAGCCGGGUAGGCAUCGACUCCUACGACCCAUGGUCUGCCGAGUGGCAGCGCGAGUAUCGCGAGGGGAUGCACAACUCCGGUCGAGGCAACUUUCCACGAGAUUCUGGCUCUUGGUUCUCCUUGUCCUCGUCUUCCUCCGGUUUCUCAAUGAGAAGGGGGAUCAAUCAGCAAUUCGACAACCGCGGGGAAGCCGGCUAUCCCAACUUGGCUAUUCCCUCUGGACAGUCCUUGACGUCUCUCCUCCAGGGUCCAACGGUUGCUCAUGCUAUGCUCGACGGAAUGGAUUUUGAGGCAUUGGAAGAAGCCAUGGAGUCCUUGGUACGGUUGGAGGACAUCCAGGAUAGGAUUGCAGAGAGAGAUAUAAAGGAUGCGCGUGGGGACAUCCUCCCCGGUUGCGGAAUGCUGUAA